UCUGCAAAAUUGAAAUCAGUUCAAAAAUGUUACAAUUUUGAACUUGAAUAUAAUAUCUCACCUCAAACCUUAUCUUAACUGGAAAAUUGAAUAAGAAAAUGUUUCGAAAUCAAUACGAUAGUGAUGUUACCUUAUGGAGUCCCCAGGGUCGCCUCUUUCAGGUUGAAUACGCAAUGGAAGCCGUUAACCAGGGCACAGUCACAGUUGGCCUAAAGAGUGAAGAUUUCGCAGUACUUGUGGGACUCCAUAGGCCAUAUACCGAGAUGGGCGUAUUGCAGCCAAAGAUCUUAUCCAUCGAUAGUCAUGUGGGCAUAUCAUUAUCUGGCCUAUCAUCCGAUGCUCGCCAGUUGGCCUCAUAUUUGCGUACAGAAUGCACGGCUUUCAGGCAUUCGUAUGACACAACCUAUCCGGUUAGCAAAUUGGUCAAGACUUUGGGCAAUAAGAUGCAAGCGAAUACGCAACGUUAUGACCGCAGGCCCUAUGGAGUGGGUCUUCUUCUAGCCGGAUAUGAUGAAGUGGGUAGCCAUAUUUGGCAAAUAAUGCCGUCGGCCAACGUUUUCAAUUGCAAGGCAAUGGCCAUCGGAAGCCGGGCUCAAUCGGCUCGCACUUAUUUGGAUCGCUUCAAGGCGACAUUCCCAUUCUGCUCCAAGGAUGAAUUGAUUUGCCAUGGUAUUCAGUCCAUUCACCAAUCCCAUUUCACUACUGAUGAAAUGCGUGUUUCUAUUGGAGUCGUAGGCAAAGAACAUCCAUUCAAAAUACUUACGAAUGAAGAAGUAGAAUCAUAUCAAAGAUUCUGUCUUUUUGCCGUUAAUCCAGAUAGUUCGCAAGAUACAGAAAUUGAUGAAAAUCAAUCAAAUCAAUCCAUCUAACAAAUUCUGCAAUUGUUUUGAUAUUAUACUUUGUUUUUGGUUAAAUAUUUCAAAAUAAAUGUAAAUCAUUUAAGAAACAUGCCAGAAGAGAACUUAAAAAUAAACCAAGAAAAUUUUAACA